GUGGAUGGGAAUGAACCUCGGGAAGAUGGGGGAGAGGUGGAUGAAUGUGUUGGAACAUUAUUAACUGGAACAUCCAAGUUGCUGAAUUAUGAAGGGGAAAAGAACAUGACCACAUUAUCACCAAACACUCAAUCCUGGGACGUAAAGGAGGAACUUGGUCAAAAUGAAGAACCAGUGGAAUUGUCACGUUCCUCCAUAACUGCAGAACAGGGGGAGACAUCUGAGAGGGGCGAUCAGCUGGGUCUCUCUCCCGAAAAUACCAGAGAGAAAGUCAGUCUCGCCAACUCUAACUGUGUCCUUAGAUUCGCAGCUGAAAGUGGAUACAGGCGACUAUUGAAACAAGACUCUGAAGCCGCUGAGGGGAUAGAUGGAUUUGAAAGUGCUGAUUUGGGACGAGGGGGUGAGUCGGUUGAUAAAGUGGGUGCUGAUAAACCUGUUACCACUGAUUGGAAUAACACAAGAUCAAGAGCACGGUCUCUUAGUGUGAAAGUGCCGGAUACAGUUUUGGAAGAAACCGGAAUCCCACUUCAAAAGGCAGGCAGAGCAGCCGGAGAAGAUUGUAACCUUGGUGACGUGUCUGUAAACAGGAGGUUAUUUACUGCAAAGCACAGAUGCUACUCUUUCUAUCCCCGUUCAUUUUCUGUUGAAGCAAAGGAUCUGCCCAUUUCUAUUUAUAGACAAACAGAGAGAUUUUUUGAUAACAAAAUGGAGACAAUGGAAGAUAAUCUCUCCCUACUUUCUGUUGUUCCACCAUCGGGCGGUUUGCUACCUCUCCCUACCUCUGCAGCCUCCAGUCCCUCCUCUGUGGUGGAUAUCCCUCCUCCCUUUGAGCUUGCCAGUAUCACCAAAAAACCCAUCACCAAAAGUUCACCGUCACUCUUGGUAGAAAACGAAUCUCCGGAUAAAUAUUUAAAACAGAAUGCAAAGAAAAAGUCAUCCUUCAAACGGUUUUUGCCCAUUAAAUUUCGGAAAAAGGUGGAAAAUAGGAUCGCAGUUGAGGUGAAUGUGUGCAAGCCUCAAUCGGAUACAGUGAGGGUCCUCGAUUUUGAUCGGAGGAGUUUGGGGAAUUCGCCACAGAUUAAGACGCGAUCUGGAAAGAUACGAGUGUGGGAUUCUUCCUCCACCUUCCUCAUCAACAAAGAUGGCAAGAGGAAAGGUACACCGAAACCUUUCAGUAGAAGCGUGACAAGGGUCGAGUCCUUUGAGGACAGGUCACGGCUUUCUUACUCAUCGCUCCCACUAACUAAACCGCGAUCCAUUUCCUUCCCCAACGCCGACACAUCUGAUUAUGAAAACAUUCCAGCAGUCAGCUCGGACUACGAAAAUGUGCAAAUUCCAUCCAGGAGGAAUGGCCGCUCCGGGACCUUCACUGAAUUCUUUGACAACCCCGGCAGAGCUUUCAGCUGCGCCUCGGAAAACGAUGGCUAUGUGGACAUGAGCAGCUUCACCCCAUUCGAGAGCCGCAAGAACAUGGAUCAGGAACUUGAGAGUGUCGAGAGUGAGACGCUGACAGCAUGCUUGCCCAGUGGAGACGAGCUUGUGUCAGACGAGGAGAUUGGAAACAGUUCAGAGUCUGAGGAGAUCGAUAGGGACAUGGCUGAACAGAGUAACAUUGAACUGGAAGCCUAUCACAUUGCAAAAGUCAUAACAACUUCUGAAAGAGCGUACGUCAGUGUGCUGAAGCUCCUACACACAGACUUCAGAAGAGUUGCCCUGGGGGCUGUUGAUGGUGAAGCAUGCCCUGUGCUGGACCGAGAAGUAGUCACUGUCAUCCUGUGUGCUGUCUCUGAGCUCCUUGAUCUCCACCAGGAAAUACUGCAGGAGUUGGAACAGAGUGUGACUGAAUGGGAGCAGGCGGCUCCAUGUUUGGCGCAUGUGAUCUUAGCCCGAGAGCCCAGACUGAGUGUGUACACCAGGUAUAUUGAGCAAUUUGAACAUAACCUCGCAAUCCUGGAACAAUCCUGUAGCAACUCACGAGGGCUUUCCACAAGACUGCUGGAGUUUGAGAUCCAUCCUGAUUCUAACAGUCUGACUGUAAAGCAAUGUCUUGUCAUGCUGCUACUGCGAGUCCCUCAGUAUCACCUUUAUCUGACAGAUUACUUGAAUAAUUUACAUCCCGACAAUUCUGAAUAUGAAGAUACUCAAGCUGCUCUAUGUGUCGUGAGGACAGUGUGUGAGCAGCUGAGAACAUGUGUUGCCCAAGCGGAGAAUCUACAGAAGCUGUUGGAAGUUGAGCACCAAGUGAAAGGAGUGCACCAGCUCUCACAGCCUGGGAGGGUGCUUAUCAAGGAAGGAGGAUUGCUGAGAGUGACGGAAGGAACACGAAGGCCUCGAUACUGCUUCCUGCUCAGCGACAUGUUCCUAUACACUGCGCCCCAGCAUAGUGGGAAAUACCAACUCAACAAGACACUGCCACUGCAUGGGAUGAAGGUGAGCAGAUUGUCUGUCGAAGACUCUGAGCUGUUGCUGAGGAUCCAGAGUGUGCGAGGCUCCAUCACACUCUGUGCCAGCUCCUCAACAGAGCGUGAUGAAUGGCUGGCUGAUAUCAGCAGAGCAGUGGAUGAUUAUCAGAGGUCACAGACAUUCUUGAGCCUGAGAGGGAAUGCUGAGCUAUCCUCGGAGAAGACAGACAGUGGUCUAGGUGCCAAGCCACCAAUGCUGAUUCCUGACUCCCGAGUGGGGAUGUGUAUGAUCUGCUCAAGUGACUUCUCGCUGACAUGGAGACGUCAACACUGCCAUGCAUGUGGAAAGGUUAUAUGUCGAACAUGUUCCAGAAACAAGUAUCCACUCAAGUAUCUGAAAGGAAGAAUGGCCAGAGUGUGUGACCAGUGCCACAAGGAGCUGAAAAGGAAAGAAUUAAUAACAGAGAGUGAAAAGGCUCCAUCAUUACUGGCUCAGUCACCAAGCACUACAUUCUCGUCAGUGUUUCACAGUUUCCACACAACCUCCCUCCGCAAACAGAAGAGGAUUCCAACGGCUCUGAAGGAGGUUGAAGCUUCAGCGGAGGGAGUGUCAAUGAGUGGAUAUCUCCAGAGGUGUAAGAGGAACAAGAGACAUUGGAAGAAACUCUGGUUUGUCAUUCAUGAAAAAGUGCUGUACACCUACAGAGCAAGUGGAAACAAGGUCGCCGCAGAGAGCUUGCCUUUAUUGGGCUUUACUAUCAAGGGAUCAAAGGAUGAUGACCACUCUGGACCCAGUGUACUGUUUCAGCUUUACCACAAAAAUGUCCUUUACUACACAUUCAAAGCUGAGGACACACACACAGCACAGAGAUGGAUUGAAGCCAUGUUUGAAGCCACUGUAUUAUAGCAUUUGUGGAUCUUACCAAUGUGAGAUAUUCCUUUCUGCUCUGGCCUCCAGUGGGUAUGUGAGGAAAUAAUUGUGACUCACCACCAUAAAAUAUUCCUUGUAACACAGGACAAUUAAAGGAAGGUUUCUGACUGUAUUCAGCAUGUGAUCUCAAUUGUUCAUUCCACACCAAUUGCCAAUUUUUCUUCUGACUUCAUUAUUAAGCAAGUUACUACUCUUCCAACAAGAAGUUGUCUCACUCUGGAAGGAGCAACUGACUCUCGCAUUACUACUGCUGGAGCAGCUGAAAAAUUAAAGGACUGGAUACCUGAUUUAUAAUGUUCUCCCUGAGUCGUCGAGGCCUAGUCAGAGAUCUCGAUGAGCAAAUAAAUUCCCCCAACACCCCGGAUAUAUGGUGAAGGAGGGACGAGAUGUAGUUGGCACAGUGAGCAGUUGUCAAAAUAGGGCUUGAAUGACAGGGAUCAGUCACUUUCAAGUGCGAUUCCUCUUGAGACAGCAUGGAUUCUGUUAAGUGAUUCAAGUUUAGCAAUGCCCACUGUACAGAACCUAGCUGGUAUACAGGGAACCUCAAUUAUCCAGCAUUCGAUUAUUCAAAUUUUGGAUUAUUCCAUCAAGAUCGCAAGGUCCCGAUGCUUGGCUAACUAUGUUAUCUGGCAUUCGAUUAACCGAAUGAAAUACUCCUCACCCGUAUCCUUCUGAUAAUCGAGGUUCCUCUGUAGUUUGAUUUUUGCAGUGGGUUUAUUGAGUUGCAUUGAUAUCAUGACAAAACUUUAGUAUUUUUUGCUCGCUGGAUGGACAGGACAAAUGAUUGAGAUAAAUAGGAUUUGUGUGUACAAACUGGAUAAAGGUUCUCAUCCCACUAUUGCAUAUUGGCACUACAGCAAAGCCCUUUCAAGCCCAUCAGACUAAUUGCUGAAUGGAUGGGUCUGGUCUUGGGAGGUGAGUGUCUUAAUGCGUGUUGGAGAUAAGCUGAGCCCUCUGGAUUGGAAUUGUAUUGGUGAACUUGUAAAGCAUUCCUUAAUACAGAAGUGAUUGUAAGACAGCAGAAACUGAAUAAAGUGCACUAAAGAAAAGUGGAAAUCAAAA